GGGGCGGAGACCGUCGCCUGCUGGGACCGCCGCCUGCUUGGACCGCAGAAGAGCAGGAGGACGUCUGAGCCAUGCUCGCGGCGAUGGGCUCUCUGGCGGCUGCCCUCUGGGCAGUGGUCCAUCCUCGGACUCUCCUGCUGGGCACUGUCGCCUUUCUGCUUGCUGCUGACUUUCUCAAAAGACGGCGCCCAAAGAACUACCCGCCGGGGCCCUGGCGCCUGCCCUUCCUUGGCAACUUCUUCCUUGUGAACUUCGAGCAGUCGCACCUGGAGGUUCAGCUGUUUGUGAAGAAAUAUGGGAACCUUUUUAGCUUGGAGCUUGGUGAUAUAUCUGCAGUUCUUAUUACUGGCUUGCCCUUAAUCAAAGAAGCCCUUAUCCACAUGGACCAAAACUUUGGGAACCGCCCCGUGACCCCUAUACGAGAACAUAUCUUUAAGAAAAAUGGAUUGAUUAUGUCAAGUGGCCAGGUAUGGAAGGAGCAAAGAAAGUUCACUCUGACAGCACUAAGGAACUUUGGUUUAGGAAAGAAGAGCUUAGAGGAACGCAUUCAGGAGGAGGCCCAACACCUCACUGAAGCAAUAAAAGAGGAGAACGGACAGCCUUUUGACCCUCAUUUCAAGAUCAACAAUGCAGUUUCCAAUAUCAUUUGCUCCAUCACCUUUGGAGAACGCUUUGAGUACCAGGAUAGUCGGUUUCAGCAGCUGCUGAAGUUACUGGAUGAAGUCACCUACUUGGAGGCUUCAAAGACAUGCCAGCUCUACAAUGUCUUUCCAUGGAUAAUGAAAUUCCUGCCUGGACCCCACCAAACUCUCUUCAGCAACUGGAAAAAACUAAAAUUGUUUGUUUCUCAUAUGAUUGACAAACACAGAAAGGAUUGGAAUCCUGCAGAAACAAGAGACUUUAUUGAUACUUACCUUAAAGAAAUGUCAAAGCACACAGGCAAUCCUACUUCAAGUUUCCAUGAAGAAAACCUCAUCUGCAGCACCCUGGACCUCUUCUUUGCCGGAACCGAGACAACUUCCACAACUCUGCGAUGGGCUCUGCUUUAUAUGGCCCUCUACCCAGAAAUCCAAGAAAAAGUACACGCUGAGAUUGACAGAGUGAUUGGCCAGGGGCAGCAGACGAGCACAGCCGCCCGGGAGUCCAUGCCCUACACCAAUGCUGUCAUCCAUGAGGUGCAGAGAAUGGGGAACAUCGUCCCCCUGAACGUUCCCAGGGAAGUGACAGUUGAUACCACUUUGGCUGGGUACCACCUGCCCAAGGGUACCAUGAUCCUGACCAAUUUGACGGCGCUGCACAGGGACCCCACAGAGUGGGCCACCCCUGACACAUUCAAUCCGGACCAUUUUCUGGAGAAUGGACGGUUUAAGAAAAGGGAAGCCUUUAUGCCUUUCUCAAUAGGAAAGCGGGCAUGCCUCGGAGAACAGUUGGCCAGGACUGAGCUGUUUAUUUUCUUCACUUCCCUUAUGCAGAAAUUUACCUUCAGGCCCCCAAACAAUGAGAAGCUGAGCCUGAAGUUUAGAAUGGGCAUCACCAUUUCCCCAGUCAGUCACCGCCUCUGCGCUGUUCCUCGGGUGUAAUAUUGUUAAGAAAGAAAGGGGCAAGGAAAGUAAGAAGACAUGGCAUGUGUUCUGAAACCACUGGUGCCUGCUCAGAUGUGUUAGGACAAAAUGAAAGUGACUUUCAAGAAAGAUCAGAGGAAUUUGACUCAGAGAAAACUAGAUCCAAAUCCCAGCUCUACUGUCUCGUCCAGAUUAGCCUUGGGAAAAUCAUUUAUGUGCUAAAUAAUUUACCUUUUUAUCUAGGAGAUGAAAAGAGGAUAAUGAUUCCUUCCAUAAAGAAAGUUCUUGUAAGAAUCAAAAGAAAUGGUGAGCUUUAAGGGGUUUGUAAACCAUAAAGCACAUCAUAAAAGUUC